AUGUCGCAGCCGGAGAGCACGAUAUUAUUGAAUCGUAACCACAGACUCUGUUACCUUAGCAAAAGUUCAUUUUAUUUUGCCGUGGGAAACGUAAUACGAACACGAAAAGUAAUUGAAGAAGUCAGUGCGAAUAUUAAGAAUGCGGCCGACGGCGAUAAGAUUAUCAAAAAUAUGGUUGAUGGAAAGAGCAUUGCAAAGCAACCUGCAAUAAUAAUGUUCACCGCUCCUUAUAAAUUGUGUGAAGGCGGGUGCAACGGAACUAACGGCGGGAAUAUCGAGUUGCAGUUCCCACUAUUUGUUGGAAAGAGAGGACGAGACGCUUACCAGCGCAUAUUCCAUAGGGACUCCGAGAAAUUGUACUCGAAGGGUGAUGGAGGGCCCUUCAAAAAGCAGACGAAAAUGCAAUCCACGACACCAGAUGUGGUUGUGCAAGUGAAUGUACUACCAACUACAACUACGACUACCACGACUACUACUACAACUACAACUACUACAACCACGGAAGCUCCAACCACCACGACACCGCCCGCGCCCCAGUGCCCGUUCUUUCCUUCUGACGUGUGUAUGAAGAAGAUAAAACAGAAGAAAAUAAAAAAGAACACAACUAUAAUGAACAAUGACACAGAAUAUUCUACUGGACAAAACGAAUUUCAAAAAUCAACCGUUGAUAUCACAAAUGCGAUAGUACUUGAACAAUUGUCUUUAGGUAUCCCUGAAGAUAGCUCUCCAAGUACUAUUGCACUUAGACAAGAUAACGGUGAUCUGUCAUAUUUGGCUGGUCCUGUUACAGAGUAUAAUUUUUAUGAUCUCGGGCAUCCUUACUUUAGUAAUGAGCAGCAACAGCCAGCAUUUACUUACUAG